CUCCUCCCCAACAGGAUGACAGUGAAACUGGGAGAGAGCGGCAGGGAGGAAGGGGUGAAAAAGCUGGGCAAGAGAGCAGGAGGAGAUGAGGAGUCCCUGGAAGAAGAAGGGGCAGGAGGAGGAGAGGCAGCUCCAGGCAGCAGCACAAAGAAAGAAGAGAAGAUUAUUAACAACAGCACUAACAGCAGCCCUGCACCGAACCCCAGCUUGUCGCAGGCCCCGACCUCCCUUCAGCCCUCCCACAGCCAGGACCAGCAUCAUUUUCUUAGGUCCAGCGUCAGACCUCAGAGCAAGAGGCUGAAGAAGGAUUCCCAGGCAUCCUCCUCAGUUGGCAGCAGUGCUGCUGCAAAAAGCAAAGCAGCAGAUAAUGGAGGGACUGCAUCUGGUGGCACAUCAGGAAUUCCUCCCAGCAAUCCUGCUGGGAAUUCCAAGUCAGCAGCAAGGAGCCUGGGCUCCUCAGCUGGAGAGAAGGAAGAAGGAAAGAAGGUCAGGAGGCAGUGGGAAUCAUGGAGUACAGAGGACAAAAAUACUUUCUUCGAGGGACUGUAUGAGCAUGGGAAGGACUUUGAGGCUAUCCAGAACAACAUUGCUCUGAAAUACAAGAAGAAGGGCAAACCAGCAAGCAUGGUGAAGAAUAAGGAACAGGUCCGCCACUUCUACUACCGCACCUGGCACAAGAUCUCCAAGUACAUUGACUUUGAUAAUGUGUUUUCUCAAGGGCUGAAAAAAUCCUCAUUGGAGCUUUAUGGCUUAAUCUGCUAUGGGGAACUGAGGAAAAAGAUUGGGGGAUGUAUGGAUGACAAGAAUGCGGUAAAACUCAAUGAGCUCAUUCAAGCUGGGGCUACAACUGUUCGUUACAAAGGCAGAAACCUUCGUAUCAAAGCUCCAAUGUGCAGGGCUUUGAAGAAACUCUGUGAUCCAGAUGGUGUUAGUGAUGAAGAGGACCAGAAGCCAGUACGUCUGCCCCUCAAGGUCCCUGUGGAGUUGCAGCCACGAAAUAAUCAUGCGUGGGCACGAGUACAGAGUCUUGCCCAGAAUCCACGGCUUAGGAUGAUUGUGGAGUUACAUCGGAAGGUGUCCAGCCUUAUUGAGUUCCUGAAGCAGAAGUGGGCUCUCCAUGAAGUGCGUAUUCGUAAAACACUAGAAGAACGGCAGCUUCAAGACUCCAGAGACUCAGAAACAAGGGGCAGCUUUUCAGAAGAGAAAGUGAUGCUCCAUCUCUUUCCAGGAGAGAAUUGUACACUCACUCCGCUGCCUGGGGUAGCCAGAGUGGUCCACUCCAAGGCUUUCUGCACAGUGCAUUGGCAGGAAACUGGCAAAUGCAAACAAAACACGAAAGACUCUCACUUACUCCCCCCUGCACAAAUCCUAGGCAUACAAAGUGGUCAGGGAACAGCAAGGGGACAGCUAAAAUACCCACGGGGAACAGAAGGUAAGGGUGUUGGAAGGGCAGAGAGCUCUACAGAGUCAAGCAGAACCUCUCAGCCCGUAGCUGAACUUUCUGCAAGCACUGAAGAUGGUGCCCCAGAGCCUGGCCUGGUGGAAGAAACAACCUCAAAUCUUGGCAUCACUAAUUCCCUCCAAAAAAUGCCUUCUGGACUUCAAGAUCCAGGAGGGAACCACAAAAAGCUGAGCUCAGUGGCCUGUGUGGAGGGCAUGGAGUCCCUGGCGAAUGAACAAACAACUAUAAUACCAUCGUGCAGCACAGCUUGUGCUUGCAGUAAGAUUCCUGAUGUGGAGGAACUCUCUCUGCUUGAUCCAUUCCCACGAUACAUGAAGUCCUGUCAGGACCUGAUUGUCCCAGAGAAAUGUUCUUGCACAGACAAACUGCAUGGGAAAGACUCUACUGCAGCAGCUGGUGAUACUGGGGCUUUUCCAGGUGGGAGGACCACAGAGAUAUCUGACUCCUGUUCACAGUUACCGAGAGGUGGUGUGGCUUCACCCAGUAGUGGCCCAUACAGGUAUGAAACUCAAGGUAGCCACAACCAGGGCCAACAACUUGAUGCUUGUACCAAGGAUAUAACAGAUACAGUCAUGGAGGAUUCUCAAGACAAGCUGGGAUCCUCAUUUCCACCUCCACCUCAGGGACAAUCUAGUACAAAGUCUCUCAAGGAUGAUCCAAGCCGGCUCUCUCAACAGGUUAGAGAAGAAGGAUGGAGUCUAAGAACUUCUGAGAGCCUUACACUGGCUGAAAUCUACCUCAUGAUGGGCAAACCGAACAAAUUGCAGCUGGAAUAUGACUGGUUGGCUGUCUUGGAGCCAGAAACCCAGGAUGCCAGGGAGCAAACAUCUGAAUCAAGUGCUGCUCCUGCAUGUCCCACCUUUCACAAGCAGAGACUCCUGAACUGCCUUUUAAAACUCAUCUCUACUGAAGUCAAUCCCAAACCAAUGCCCGAGAUGAGUUCCAUUGCCACAUCACCUAUAAAGCCUGCUCAGGAGGAGCAGUCACUGACUCCUCCAGGGAAGGUGAUUGCCAUCAGCACCAGGAGUCCGGGUUGUGCACGAAAUCAAUCUACCCUUCGCAACAACAAGACUUUUUCUCCUGGUGCUGCUUCCAGCUCCUCAGGUUUGAGAAACCUCCCUAGACCUCUCUUGGUGGCUGGUCCUUCAAGUUCUGGAAGCACUGAUACAGAUGGUGGACUCUUUGCAGUUCCUACAACUCUGCCACCCAACAGCCGCCAUGGGAAACUGUUCCUGCCCAGCAAAGAAGCAGAACUGACCUUCCGGCAGCACUUGGACACAAUCAGUAUGCAGUCGGACUUCUUCUUGCCAAAGCCAAGGAAGUUACGGAACAGACACUUGCGAAAGCCAUUAGUAGUACAGAGAACGCUGCUGCCCAGGCCAUCUGGAAAUCCAUCCCAGCAUGUCUGUUCCUUUUCGAUCUUAUCCAACUCAUCCAUUACAGGGAGAGGUUCAUUUCGGCCAAUCCAGUCCUCACUGACGAAAGCUGCUGUUUCCCGUCCAAUCGUGCCCAAAGUUCUUCCAACACAGGCCACCAGCCAUCUAUCCAGUGCUAUUGACUUGGCAGCUAAAAGUGCUGGUAUUAUUCCUGGGAGCCCUGUGCCUGUCCUGGAUGCAGAUGGUUUGUCAGCUGUGUCUCCACUGUCAUCAGACGGAGUGACCACAGUGGUAACAGGGCAGGAGUCAGCAGCACAGCAGAACAGAGGCUCCAUCACCACCGUGGAGGGCUCAGGCCCUGGGUGUCGGGUUCCGUUCAUCAGCCUGCCUGCACGGCAGGAGCAGGAGGCAGUUCCGGAUGGCUUCCAGGGCACAUCAGUCCUUUCUCUGUCAGAACUGUCCAAGACUUCCCUCCAGAAUGGUCUUUCCACCCCUCCACUUCCCUCAUCAGAGGCUUCCAGUACCCGGCUCUCUCCUCCCAAUGUUUCUGCUCUUUUGGAUAUUUCUCUGCCUGGACCACCUGAAGAUGUGCUUUCUCAAGGAGAACCUGCCACUCAAAUCAGUGACUCUAUCAUUGAAAUAGCUAUCAGCUCUGGUCAAUACAGUGAAGGUGUUUCUCUCUCUCCUGCAAAGCUGAAUGGCAGUGACAGCUCCAAAAGUCUUCCAUCCCCAUCAAGUAGUCCUCAGCAGAACUGGAUUGCGUCCCCCAGCCAUGAUCCCCAGUGGUACCCCAAUGACUCCACAGACUCUUCUCUCAGCAGCUUGUUUUCAAGUUUCAUCUCCCCUGAGAAGGGACGGAAAAUGUUGCCAACCCCCGUUGGGACUGCCAGUGGCACCUCCUUACUGGGACCCAGCCUUCUGGAUGGAAACUCACGGGACUCUUUUGUGUCACGGUCUCUAGCAGAUGUAGCAGAGGUGGUAGAUUCCCAGCUGGCUUGCAUGAUGAAUGAGAACAGCAUAGAUUACAUAUCUCGUUUUAAUGACCUUGCCCAGGAACUCUCAAUACCUGAGCCAACUCGCAGGGAAAUUCUGUUUGAUGGUGGUACCCCAAUAGGGGAUCUCUCACAGUGAGUGUGUAAGACCAGCAGUCUGGGGUAGACGGUUCAGCUAAUGUGAGAGCUUGCAGCGCUGGAUCAUGGCAAAGGCAGGUUUGUAGAGAAGCAACUGAGGUUCAGUUGUUCCUGUCUUGUGCAUUUCUUGCAAACAGAAGCAUCGUCUUCAGAGGUGUGAAGUAUUUUCAAGUCCUAGAAUGUGCAAUAUACUGGGAACAACAAAACAUGGUAUAGUAUUACAGGAAACAGUGUGUCCCCUGCAUCAGUGAUACAAGAUGGCAGCUUUAUGGGACAGUCCUGGACUUGUACUUCAGAAUGGCCUAAGCAAGAAGCUCAAGCAGGGAAUAGCAUUGCCAGAAGCUCUGCUACGUGAAUUAUUUUUUGUGUUGUAAUCAGAAUGAUUUGAGAUCCACAUUUGGAGCUGUGGAGGAUGAAUGGUGGGGUUGGGGAUGGAAAACAUUUUGCAUUUUGACAUGUUCUGGUUGGCACUCUUUUUGUCAGUCAAUCGAACUGAAAUUUCUUGCAUUCUCUUCAAAGGAGCUGUGACUCUACAGUGCUUCUUUUUUAUAGAGCAGCCUGUUUCUUUGGCUGUGUUUUGUUGUUGACCAUUCCAGCAGGGUGCAUAGCUGCUUUCUUGGUUUGUGGGGGAGUUCUGGUUCACCCUUCUCCCAGACUGCAUGGAUCUCUGGGGAGUUAUCUCUAUUUUUAAACCCCAUCGCAUGGCACAGUCAUCAUUUUCAUCAUCCUGACUGCACUCGUGUUUUCCAUCUUUGAGAUACUUCAUCCCAUUGCACAGUUCAUCCCAUGAGUGGGGGAGUGCUUUCUUCCUUUCCCUGAAGAACGGUUGCUUUUUCAAUUAGGAAACACUGCAAAAGAGCCUACUGGAAUCACUAUGAAAACUUUGUCGCAAUUAGUCUUUCUUCACA